AUCCCCCCCUCGCUCUCUCUCCCUCUGUGUUCUCAUCCCCCCCCUCUCUCUCUCUGUGUUCUCAUCCCCCUCUCUCUCUCUCUCUCUCUCUCUCUCUCUCUCUCUCUCUCUCUCUCUCUCUCUCUCUCUGUGUUCUCCAUCGUGAGCAUGUUACCGGCUGUGUUUGUGGUGUGUUGUGUCGCGGUUCUGCUGGGCAGCGGGCAAACUCAGGCUCAGGCUCAGGCUCAGGCUCAGGCUCAGGCUCAUGCCCGGGCCGGAUCCGCGCCGUCGGCGGGCCAAACCCCUGGCCAGGACUCGUCCUCCAACCCCUGGCGUCAGAUGAUCCAGUGGGAGAACAACGGUCGCGUCUUCAGCCUGCUCAACAGCGGCGCCGAGUACGUGCCGGCACGCACGCCCGAGCACGACGGCAGCCACCGCGUCCUCCUGGCGGACGCGCCCCGCCGGACCCGGCGCCCGCAGGGCGGCAACGUCCGCCGUCAGGCGCCCGCCCGCAGCGGCACCGAGACCGUCCGGGGCCAGGCGCGCCACCCGUUUGGGUUCGGACAAGUGCCUGACAACUGGCGCCAGGGCGUAGCGGUGGGCGCCGGCGCGGGCACCGGCACCCGUUUCAGGCCCUCCUCAGGCUCUUCCUCCUCCUCUUCCUCCUCCUCCUCCUCCUCAUUCUCAAGCCGUCCUUCGGCGGGCCCCCCGUUCCCAGCCUACCCGUUCCCAGCCCAGCAGCCUCCCUCCUACCCGCUGCCCUACGACCCCAGCAUGGGCGAGCGCAGCUUUGAGCCACCCUUCCAGCGCCCGGGCACGGGCUACCCCGUGGGCACCGGCGCCGCUGGCUUCCCCCCCAGUGGCGGAGCAGGAGGAGGAGGGGGCAGCUACAGCUACAGCUACGCCGGCGGCAUGGUGCCCGUCCCGCCGCGGGCAUCGCUGGACUUUACCGACGACGGCACCGGGUACCGCUACUACUACGCGCAGUCGUACCCGGCCGCCCCCGCUGUGCCAGCUGUGCCAGCUGUGCCCGCCCAGCCAGCCCAGCCGCCCUUCAGCGACAUCCUGGACAGACGCUACACGCACAGCCUCUACAACGAGGACUCUGCUCCGCCAGUGCCCGCAGCCGAUGCCAACCAGGGGCCAGGCAUGGUGCCCGGUCAGCCGCCCGUGAGGAGCCCUCAGUACGAGCAGUUCCCACCUUUCGGCCAGCCGCAGCCCCCCUACAUCAACCCCGUGCCCCCGGUACCCGUCGCCCGAAACCCGCUGGUGUCCAACUCGGCCGACGCCAACCCCAACGUCAACGUGGGCAGUGUGUACAGGCCGGAGCAGAGAGGGCUGCCGGACCUGGUGCCGGACCCAAACUACGUGCAGGCGUCCACCUAUGUCCAGCGCGCACACAUGUACUCCCUCCGCUGUGCUGCCGAGGAGAAGUGCCUGUCCAGCACGGCGUACGGCACCGAGACGUCCGACUAUGACGUGCGCGUCCUUCUGCGUUUCCCCCAGCGGGUGAAGAACCAAGGCACGGCCGACUUCAUGCCCAACCGCCCACGUCACACCUGGGAGUGGCACAGCUGCCACCAGCACUACCACAGUAUGGACGAGUUCAGCCACUAUGACCUGCUGGAGGUCAGCACAGGGCGUAAGGUUGCGGAGGGUCACAAGGCCAGCUUCUGUCUGGAGGACACUACCUGCGACUUCGGACAUCUGAAGCGUUACGCGUGCACCUCCCAUACACAGGGUUUGAGUCCCGGUUGCUAUGAUACAUACAAUGCAGAUAUUGACUGCCAGUGGAUUGAUAUUACCGAAGUUCAGCCAGGAAACUACAUCCUAAAGCUUCAGGUGAAUCCCAAGUACUUGGUGCUAGAGUCGGACUUCACCAAUAACGUGGUCAGGUGUAACAUCCACUACACUGGGCGCUUCGUCACCACAAACAACUGCAAGAUCGCCCAGUCCUGAUUGGUCAAAAGAGGCAGCCAAUGAGCAGCCAGUGUUCUUAUGGGAGAAUGCUGUUCCAUCAAAAUGUGAAUGGAAUUCUGUUUUUUUUUUUUUUUCAAAUCUGUUUAUUCUCCAUCGAUGUCCUCAUUGUGUUUCUCUUGUUGUUUUUGUUUUUAUUUUUGUUUAUGAAUGUGUUGUUAUAAAUUCAUGAGCCCUACUGUGAACUUGGGCUCUGCUGGCACUGAGGAGAAACUACAGUUAUUCAAACAAAUGCAUGCACGCACGCACGCACGCACACACACACACACACACACACAUAUAUACACACACACACACACAAACACAGACACACACACACACACACACACACACACACACACACACACACGCGCGCGCAGGGCCUAAACUGCACACACAUAUUCAAGAACACAUUCAACUGAAGCAUAGGUUUACACAUCCUCACAUGAAAAGCAUACAUUCACACAUUCACAUAUUUUCACACAUGCUGCAAUACAAAAUAGUCCUUUCAGUACAUCUUGUUGAUAGCAUACCAUCUGUCACUCUUGUUUAAUGAGAGCUGUGUUUGUGUGUGUGUUUGUGUGCGUGUGUCUGUGUAUAUGUGUGUGUACGUGUGUGUGUGUAGUGUGUGUGUGUGUGUGUGUAAAAUAGACUGGUGUUUAGACCAGUGAUCCAGACCAGUUAGGUGCAGUUAGGCACAGAAAGAAUAAAUUACUGUAGACUGCUGAUUCAGGAAAAUGUCCCUGAAACACACACACACACACACACACACACACACACACACGCACACACACACACACACACACACACACACACACACACGCACACACACACACACACACACACACACACACACACACACGAACACACACACACACAUAUCACAUUCACCCAGUGCAGUUAGUUCUCCACCACUUGAGUCCUCGGGCCUGAUGUUUUUUGGGUGCAGAUGCAGUGGAGUGGAGACGCUGGUAUUCAGUAAGGACUAUAGCACUAUAAUCAUCUUAACUACAAGAGAGUCCAACCACUUAGCUCUUAACUCUCUCCAAAGGCCUGCAGACAACGCACUCGAGAGUACCUCCACUGCCUGGCUCCUCUGCAGUGCCUACUAAUCUUCCUAUCAGUCCACUCCAUUAGUCAUCACCCAAAAACAAGCAUCCCCAGCUCUCGACAAAGAAUGGCAUGACAGCCUAGGGGAUACGACAUUUCAUUAUGUUUUUAUUACUUUUAUUUCAAUUACUUUGUCAUUGUAAUGGAAGCCCGAGUACGGAACAUUACUGUAUCUCCAACAGUAACUACUGAAUUAUGAUUAUUGUUGUCCGAUUCAUUGGUUUCUAUCUGUUAUUGUUGUCUGGUGAGAUAUCAAACACAGACAUCUCAUUGGAAUCGACUCUUAGUAUCCGUAUGUAGCUUUUUUGUAUUGGAGAGUACUGUCAUCAGUAUUGUCUGAAACACCUUUUCUAACCUUUUUUAUUCACAAUUAAAGCUACAUUAUACAACAACUGCUAGUCAGCUAGUGCUAAACUGAGAUUUAACCAAUCUGGUCACUUCUUCAUCCCCACAAUCUCCCUAACCCCUACCUUUCACUAACCCUAACCUAUCAGCUGUGCUCUUGUGUUUGACUGACAGCCUAAAGGUCCAAUCCUUGACUUUGAGUUUCAGACUGACUGGAGCUGAAGGCAUUUUGACAGUCUAAAGGUCGUAGUAGCGGUGGGUUGCUGCCCAGGUUCUUGAGUGGAACUUUCAUUACCACUGAAGAUUCACAUCCACGUUGAGAUGUCAUGCACAUUUCAGAUAUUUACAUCUUGUAGUUUUAACAUUCUUUCGCAGGGUCUUGUGGAGCACAGAGUUCAUGGAUCUCAACUUCUCUGUUAUUCUGUUAGUACUCCAAGACUCACUAAGCAGAUGCCGUUGGAGAAAUGAAAAAAUCCUUACCCACAGAUUUGUAAUCCUUUUCUUCAAUAUCUCAACACUAUCCACGGUUGUGCAAAUCAAUUUCCCUCUGUUUGUCAACCAUGUGCAAGGAUUUGCAUUCUAUUCCCUUACUUGAAACAUCCAUAGCCACAGAUUUGUAAAUCUGCUCCUGUUCCCAAAACCAAUCCACAGUGAUGGGUAUGGAUUAUUCAACUGAGGAAACAGAUUUUUAAAUAUAUGAAAAUGAAUUGUUAAACUGAGGGAUUAACUAAUGAGCAAGGAUUCUCAUUUCCCCUCUAAAUUCAUGCCAAAAAAACCCUCUCACUCUUUAUGUCUUAUCUAAAAUAUUUAAGUUAUCAGGAGUUAAAAAUGGAAGAAUGUCCUAUCUAACUAUGUUUAGAAAAGCAGAUAUAUUGUUUCUAUUUUUUAUUUUUAAUUAGUUUCAUUAUUAUUUUUGUUUUGUUUUCAUUUUGUCUUGUUUCCUCGGCUAUCAACACUGUCCAGAUGCCCAGUGUGGCUAAGAUUGUAGAGUUGGACAGUGCCUGUCAGUAGCCUGUCAGUAGCCCACUGAUGUAGAGGUGGACUGUGCCUGUCCGUAGCCCACUGAUGUUCGGCCUCGGGGAAUGACACAUUGAUUUCUAACUGAUUGUAUUUUUGUUUUGUAUCACUGUUAUUACUGUAAUUAUAAUUAUGAUGAUUUCUUCAUAGUGAAAAAAAAGGUCUUCAGUACUGUGUCUGAAUCGUUGCUGUAUUUGUCAACAAUCCAGGAAUUCAGCUUUUCUUUCUUCUAAGUUUCACACUCUGUUUUUCAAUCUGGAUGAGAGAAACCACAAAGCCAACUUCACAAACAACGAGACAGACAGACAGAGAGACACACAAAGAAAGAGAGAGAGAGGCAGUCAGAGGAAUGAAUUCAAACUACUGUUGCAAAAACCUGCCACUGUGAGGGAAGCAUACCUGCUUCAGUGCCGCACAGCAGCAGAUGGUCGACUCUCCCUACCUCUGAAGUAGCUGGAUAGCAAUCCCGGUGGAAUGUGUGUGUCUGAUGAAGAAGCCCCUAAGGGAUUAUGGAAACGACACAAACCCAUAGAACACACACACACACACACACACACACACACACUCUCUCACACACACACUGACACUCACACUCAUGCUCACAUACACCAAAGUGUCUGAGAGGACCAUGUAAGGACCAUUUUGUGAGGGAGCGAAAAUGACAUUUCUGUUGUGAUCCAAUGCAGACCAGGCCUUGUGUAUUCUAUUCUAGUUAUUCCAUUAUUACACGCAACCUAUUCUAAUGCUGUAUGGCGCUUACUGCAAAUCAUUGGCAACUUUGAAGUGUUUUUGUUUGUUUGUUUGUGUGUUUGUUUUCCCUUUAUAAUCUGGUAAGUUGCUAAAGUGUACUGUACAUACAUAGGCAGACAAAGAAACAACUCUGUGUCUAGUUCCAAGAACUGUAUGGUUAUCAUAUACUGAAAUACUGUACUACUGGCAUCCAUAUCAGUGUGGUCAGUUGUUAUCAUAUACAGUCUAUGGUUGUUAUGGUCAUCAUCCAUCAAAGGAUACAUAACCUCUAAUAAAUAUUUUUAGAAAUUU